GGGCCAGAGUCCAGACAUAACAGUACAGCUCGUUCAACGUUUCGGUCGACAGAUUCUCUAGUAAAACUGAGGUGUCAUAAAAUCAAAUUUUUUCCGAUUAAACAUUUAUUUUUUAUUCCGGUUUUUGCUUUUGGUUUUUGUUGAACUGAACGCCAGCAAGCAGCUAACCUAGCAAAUAUAUACAAACAAUUCAGGAAGAGCCACAAGAAACAGUAAUCAGGAUAGUAGUUGGGCAGGACCCGCAGGACUUAGGACUAAGCAAAACAAAUAGGCCGGACCCAACAGCAGUUGGCCAAUCAAUAAUUUAAAAACCAAACCAAACGAAUUAAUUUAGCGACAAGGCAAAGAUGUCGGACAACAGCGCUGUGACUGGUGUGAUGAACCUGCUUCUCUGCGGCGCUACUGGAUUUGGAUUCUGCAAGAUUGGGCCUCAGGAGCAUCCGUAUGCCUUCACGGCCUGUGUGGUCGGCUUUUGUCAUGGGCUGCUGGGCCUGGUGGCCAGUGUGUCGGGCGAUGAGAACACAACCAAAGCCAAAGACGCAACAAACGCACUCAUGGAGAUCGUUCCACUGCCGCUGGUCAAUGUGGAACUGUUUUUGGGGGCCGAGAGCAACAACAUUGCCCUCGGCCAUGGACUGUUCAUUGUGCCACUGGCGGUCAGUGUGAUCAUAGGCUGGGCAAAGGACAGCGACGAAGGCGACCAUGCAAUCGACACUCUCAAGACCCUAACCAUACUGGGUAACAUUACGUCGAUGGUCUAUUUGGCACUCAACGAGAGCAGCUGGACUCUAGGCGGCAUGGCCUUCCUAGCCUUCAUGGCCAAGUUCGGCGCUACCUUCUUCGAAGAUAAAGUUACCGAGGGAAGCGGGCAACCCGUCGCCUACAUAAGCUGGGCCGGGUUUUACUUCCUCACCGCCAUGGCCAUCUCCGGCGAGCAGUAAAAACAAACCAGUUAAUCCGAUAUUUACCAUUUCCAUUGAUUGCGAAGCUCGCUUUGCUUCAACAAAUUAUUUGAGUAACUAGCUGCAAUACCAAAAUUCACUACAACCUGGUCUAAAUAUAAUUAUUUAUCCUGGA